UACCCGGCUCUCUGGCAGCAUUCGACACAAACUUUCGCAGCACAGUCUCAAGGACAAGCAAGCAGCAGCACCAGUCAACACAUCAACGGACUUCAGUCGCACUAAGAAGAUGCAAUUGACACUCUCUACUCUCGUCCUUAUCGGGCUUGCUGCUCUUGUAAGAGGUGCCGAAAUAGAUCUGCUCGGCGUAUGUGAUCCCCACAAGGAUAUCUGUGUUGCCAAGUACUCCAGCUGCGAGCCAUUCCUCGGAAAUGUCAACGGUGAGAAAUACGCCAUGGUGGAAGCUAAAGCCGGUCUCCUUGAGGUGAACCCUAACUCCAGAAGAUGUACUUGUCUCCCUGGCUUCAGCGCUGUCAACAUCGGAAAAGCUGUCGGUGACAGCGUCCGUCUGGAAUGUGUCCCAGUUGAGGGUGCCUCCUGCUACACCGAUGGAGACUGUAACAUCCGUAACUUGGAUUGCCUCCCACUUCUUUCCCUGCUCCCAGGCAUCUUCGGCGCCACUGGCCAACUGAACUCCGACAGUUUGUUCGCCCCAGGAUUCUUGACUCCCGCUACUCAGGCGAUCUACUCUUUCAUCGCUGGCUUCUUGCAGCUUUCAACUCAGUUCCUGUGUGGUUUCAAUCGCGUCAACACCAUCGAAUACAAGUGCGACUAUCCUUCCCCAUCCAAGUCUGACACAUACAUGUACGGUGGCGGUGCUGCUUCCGGACACGGCACAGGAUUCGCUGGAGUCUGCAAGAGAGUCAACAGAAACGGAGGAUACCAAGCUGCAUCAUCUCUGACAAAGGGUUCCCAGACACACCAACAACCAGCUGCACCAAGCUUUGGACACGGCGGACACAGCUUUGGACACGGCGCUUUCUCCCCAUACGGCGGUGCUUCAUCCAUGUACGGUGCCCAUCCAUUCGGUGGUAUGUCCAACACUUUUGGAGCUGGCUACGGCGGCAACACUCAUGGCAGAUAUGGCGGCAACUCACACAAUACCUACGGCGGUAAAACAUACGGUGCUGCUCAGUCCGGCCAUGGUAUGCCACGCAACUACGGCGGCUACGGGAGGAAGUAAGAAGACAAUCUUUGCUGUUCUCGCCGUCCUGAUGAGAUAUGUGACGAGGAUAACUGGUGCUCAUUGUUUUCCAUUGCCGAAGUCAUCCCAUUGAGCUGUUAUGUAACUAAGCUUUAAAUCGAGUGACUUUAAACUUUAUCCUUAUACCAACAGUAUUUUUUCUUCUUUGCUUUUGAUCUUUUUUUUCUCAUUUUUUCCACGGCUAAUGUGUAACAUGCCGCCUUUCUUACUUAACGAUCUCAGGAAUUUUGUUCAAAUGGCAUAGUUUUCUUUUCAUGGUACAUAUAUAUUUAAUGACGGGCCUCUUUUCGAAGUUGUCCUGAGAUUUUUUAAAAUUGUUGAUCUUCGAGUUAUACUGAUCCCAGAUAUACCAUGAACUUAAGAUUAGGCUAUUUUGCGAAAUGAAUUUAUGAAACUCGUGCAAGAUAGAACCACAGAGCGGGAGUCGGUGCUGACGUAAACAUCUUGCGGACGAUCAUAUAAACUCUUCAUAACUUGGACCAUAAGCAUUAUGGGAUGCAUUUAGUGCUGAACUGCUAUUUGCUGCAUUCAAACAACACGUGGACCAAGGUAAUAGAAAGACUGAAUACUGGAAAUGACGCUGUGUUGGGUAUUUGUGUGUGCUGUGCUGUAAAUACAUUGUCUUGUAUUUCUUUUUGUUGACUUGUAACUUAUUGCUCUUAUUCAUAUGUAAUAAAGCAUUCUAUCAAAAAUCGAA